AUGGAUUCUAAAAAUGAUUAGAAAUAAAGGUUUACCAGACCAAAUGGAUAAUAUUCAAAGACAAUAAACAAUUAACACGGCCUCAAUCGAGAAGAGCCUUAAAAAACCAAUUUCUAGUAAUAAUAACAACAACAAUCUUAUCAAUAAACGUAGUCAUAAGCUUCGAAAGUGGCUCCACUGACUGAAAUUGAGAAAAUCAAGAAAGAAAACGCAAUGCUCAAAUCUGAACUACUUAUCAGCAAAGAAUAACUCAAAAAUCUUACAGAGGAUUAUUAAAAUCUCUAAUAGAGAUAUCACGAAUUGUAGAGUUAAGUCAGGUACUCGCCUGAAGAUCUUAUGCUCCUUGAAAUGUAAAGACAAAUGAAACAUCAAUAAUAUUAUGAAUUUAUGCAAGAAGCAAUGAUGCCACAAAGACAGUUUUAAACAGAUGGAAUGUCCUACGAAGAAUUAUUAGAGUUACAAAAUUAAGUAGGUCACGUAUCAAGAGGAUUAACUAAAGAAUAGAUAAAGAAAAUACCGAAAAGAACAGUAUAUCUCAGAUAGAAAGAUGGAUGUUCAAUUUGUUAUAAUGAUAUACUGACACAUGACAACAUUAGAGAACUUAAGUGUAAACACUAUUACCAUUCAAAAUGUAUUAAGAAAUGGUUGAUGAACGAAAAGAAAUGUCCAAUUUGUUAGACUGAAAUAUGCAUCUGA